GUGGUGUGCGGCUUCCACCACACGCUGGUUUUGACGGAAGAGCGCGAUGUCUUUGCCUUCGGUGCCGGCGCACUGGGCCAGCUGGGCCUCGGCGGAUGCCGACGCUGCCCUUCUCCUGGCAAGGUCUCUUUUCCGGCGCAGUGUUCUGGGGGUAUUAAAGCCCUGGCCGCCGGGUUCGCGAGCUCCUUCGCAGUCACCCAGCAGGGCUGGGUGUACAGCUGGGGCAGCAACGAGAAGUGUGAGCUGGGCCUUGGUGGUUCCGUGCGCGGUGCUGCCACGCCCAAGCCCGUGGAUGCUCUCUACCAGGUCAAGGUCAUGCAGGUCGCUGCAGGAUUUUCGCACGCGGCCUGCGUGACUGAAGGCGGGCUGCUCUACCUCUGGGGCUUCGGUGCCUACGGGCAGCUGGGCUUCGGGUUCGACGACCUGAGGUCUUCCGCCCGCCUGGGAGCAGGUUGGAGUGCGACGAAGCUCGGAGGCAGAGCAGCAUCUUCGCCAGGCUCGGCAGGUUUCGCGACCACUGGUCAGUCUCAGCCCUGGCAGCAG